UCAGUUAAAAAUCCGAGUCUUCUUUCAGAUCCAAACACCAACAAUCCAUAACACAAAGCCCUAAUUCUCUCUCUCUCUCUCUCUCUCUCUCUCUCUCUCUCUACGUUACGUCACAACAGUGAAAGCUUGGGGACUUCUUCCUUUCCUUCCUUCAUUUUUAUCAGAUUAGAUGUGACUUUUUCCCCAUUUUGCUGCAGGAGGGAAGGCCAUAUGAGUUGUCUGACCAGGAUAAAACAUAAUAUUGUUUGUCAACUUCAAUAGCUUGUUUGUUCCAUUGGUGUACUAGAGAUGGGUAAAUGCAAGGGGUGUGGAAAAUUAGGAAGAAUGGUACCAAGGGAUUUAUCUGUGAGUGCUUAUCAAUUUUCUCUUCUUCUAUCUCCUGUUGUUUCUGUUUGGGAUUGUAUUGUUCGUAAGAUGAGGUAUUCCUUCAGACCCGAGUGGGUGUAGGAGUAGCUGCUUGUAUUUUUACAUUACAUUAGUUCCCAAGUUGGGAACUAAUUAGAACUUAUAGUGUUAAAUUAAGAGAAGCAAAUAAUAAAAGAAACAGUGAUAGAGAUAAUGUAUACGUCUUAGAGAAAUUUUCUUGAAGAAAAGUUCAGAAACAGUAUUGCGUAUUUAGAAGGGUUUUUUGUGUUAUUCGAUAACAUGGAAUGUACUAAAGUGCCAUCUGGUGUUAGAAAAGUGAAGAAGAAGCAGGUGAAGGAUGAGUUGGAUCGUAUCAAGCAAGCUGAGAAGAAAAAGCGCCGCUUGGAGAAAGCCCUGGCUACUUCGGCAGCCAUCAUUUCGGAGCUAGAGAAGAAGAAGCAAAAAAAGAAAGAAGAACAGCAGAGGCUUGAUGAGGAGGGCGCUGCGAUUGCUGAAGCAGUUGCCCUGCAUGUCCUACUAGGUGAAGACUCGGACGAUUCUUGUAAGAUAAUGCUGAAAAAGGAUGAAGGGUUCAACCCUUGGGAUUGUGCUGGUAAUAUUGACCUCUUUAUGGGCGAAACUACAUUAGCCCUUCCUCAUCAAGACCUCUCAGAACAUUCACUUGAAGGACUUAGGUGGAUUUCUAAUGCUCAUGGAUACGGUUGCAAGUGGAAUGAUUUGGAUAAUAAUGAUUGGUCAAUCUCAUCUAUUCCUUUUGAGAGUGAUCUCCACACUUCAUAUUUUGAUAAGGGAGGUUGGGAUGCUACAGAGGUCUCUGUGGGUCUUAUUGCAGCACAGGCUGUUGCCUCACUCCAAAUCGCUGAAGAUUCACAUGUAGACACAUUGACCUUCAACAGAAUGUUAAGAGGGUAAGGUAAACUCUGAUAUAUGUUGUGGUCACUUCGGUGUCUUUGCCUUGGUCAUGGUUCUGAAUAAUGUGCUGUAUAUAUUUUCCCUGCAUUUGCCCUUCUUAUCUAUUGAAAAUCAUGCUUGUACCAAAUUUAAUAUUGUUCUGAUGAGAUGCUUUCAAGCUCGUUUGUUUGGCCA